AUGCGAGUGCCGUUAGAUACCGAAAAGAUGCACGGGCCAACAUUCAAUCUUUUGUCAGAUGCGAAUUUAGAAGAAAGGGAGUCGCUGAUAUGGAAGGUUGCAACAUGUUCUCCAUCACAGCUCAGUGCAUUAGUUAUAGGUACCUCUGUUUAUGAAGUUUUUAUGGAUCUUCCUGAUUGUGAAAUUCUUCAUACUUCCAUGGCGUAUGUAAAACGAAAGCAGCUUAGAAUUUCUUCUGCAGCUGCAUUACGAUGGAUGUGCAAAGAAAUGAAGAAGUUCAAAGUCUUACUGAUGUUUCCUUUCAGACAAGAGGAAGAAAAAUGUUUGCUUAUAAAUAGAGAAGUCAUGCGCAAGCUUUACGAGUUUACGAAUGCAAGAGCACUGUAUGACAGCGUACCAAGAUUUCGUUCCGAGAAGCAGCUCCCUGCUGUGGUAAAUGCCCUUGGGCCGAUGGAGCAAUUGACCGCGAACUAUCCGCACUUAGCGCAAAUGAAGGAGGAAAUGGUUUGCAAUAUUAUGGACUUCAUACUAAAUUACUGCUUGGACUGGAUUUGUGAAGUGUCUUCGCUGAAAUGUGAUAGC